AUGCAGGGAGAUGGUCAAACAAGGAAUACAAAAUCCAAAGCAUUGGAAGAAAAAUGUGCAGGUAGCCGUGAGAGUUGUCUUAAAAAGUACAGUCAUGAGCCAAAAGGUGAAGUGGCCUGCAAAAGAAAGGGUGAUGCUCAGGAGGCAAAGACCGAAUUAUUAAAGGUGGCAAAAGAAGGCAGAAAUAUGGCCAUUGCCAAUGUUGUUCAAGACAAAGGAGCCUGUAAAGAAAAGGAAUUGAUCGAAAGUGAUGACAACAGUGUGUAUGAUGGAGACAAUGAUGAGUCAGAAGCAAAAAUUUACAAUGAAGAGGCUAAGGCCGCCCAUGCGACUCACCUCAAGUGCUCAUUCUGUCAACACGAACAGGAGAUUGGUGAAGACAGUGGAAAAUGUCGCAGCUGUGGAGCUCAGAUGUCUGCGUAUUUCUGCUCAAUCUGUAAACAUUUCACAAGUGUUGAUAAGAAUCCUUACCACUGUGAAAAAUGCGGAAUAUGUCGAAUCCACAAGGAUAAAUCAUUCCACUGUGAGGUGUGUAAUGUCUGCCUGGACAAACGUCUUGAAGGAAAACAUAAGUGCAGAGAGAAUUCUGGGCACGAUGAAUGCUGUAUCUGCUUAGAGGAUGCGUUCAGUGGUUGCCAAAUCUUACCUUGUUCACAUAAGGUACAUCGGGAAUGCGCCAUCGCUAUGAUACAGAACGGAAUUCGCACGUGCCCAGUGUGUCGACACCCACUGUACAGCCCAGCUUCAGAGUGAACUUCGAUUCCAAACAAGCUUUUACUUGAUGUCGAACUAUUUGAUGUCGCGGAUUUUCCAGAUCAGAAAGAAAAAUUCAGAAUCAAUCAAGUCUCCAGAGUAAAGCAAUGCAAAUGGAAAAUUGGGAACAUAAAGAAGGCCAUUCCCGUAUCUUGAUUAAGGAGGAUUGUUGUGUUAAAUUGAGAUGAAGCUACUGGGUGCCACUACCGGUGUGAUCUUUGUUGAUUUUCGCGUCCUCUCAAAGAUAGCCUUUUGUCGGAUAAACUCCUGCUUUCCAAACCGUUUGCAGUUAGUGCCACCUCACUUGUGAUAUUAACACUCAGAAUACAAACUCUGGCCUAUACUAAGAUGACUAGUGAGGAAGGAAUAGUAAAAAGCGCCAGCUCGGAAAGAGAGACCUGACUCCCAAUGACCACGCUCUGUGUCGAGCUCACAAUUUCAAACCUUCGUUUAGCUUUUCGCUAAACGAAGGAGUUGAUUACUUUGAAGACGAAACAGAAUUGAAAAGAAUUGCUUCUUUCCCAUACCCAUAGUAAGGGGUAUGGGAUAAUUCAAUAAUUCUUAAUGCUAGUGCCCGUUAAUGGCGUUCGUUUUGUUUGGAAAGCUUAUCUUUAUUUAUUGUACAGUUGUAUAAGAAUUACAUUCUUCAAAAUUAUAAUUUCUGUAAAAGAUAUCAGUUUAUAUUAGUGCUGUGUUAGUGUAAAAAUCCUAGUCUUAAUUUUAUGCACCAGAUUUGCUGAACGGGUUGAAAAUGUCAACUACAAUUGAUAAAAAUUAUCGUUCUUUAAUUCAUUUAAAUACCUUUAAAUACCUUAUUUCAUUAUUCAUCACCUUUGUUUCUGUUAAACUACUUCAAAAAACCAGGCACAUGCUUACCAUAUUUGUAGAGCAUGGUAUAAUGGCUCAUAACCCAGGAUGGCUAAGCUAAUGAAAACCCUUUAAUUGCAUUACCCAAUGAUCCACUCUUAAAUAAUGAGCAUUAUUUACUCCCCCAUGGGUAAAUAAUGCGUGAUCCAAACAAAAACAGAAUGGCCGACAAAAACUUGUUUUGCCAGUGUUUCGAUAACGGAAAUCCUGAGAAUAUAAAAAGAUAACAGAAAAUACGAAAAAGUUUUUGAAGGUUAGAAAAGACUUGCUGACUUUCGACUUUCGAGCAGUUUCAGGGCAUGUCCUUGGCAAUCACAGAACUCAUCAAUCUAAGCAAACGCUACCGCCAAGUCGCUCUUCACCUGACAUUCGCAGAAAUUAAUACUGCAGGGUUCAUCGGCAGAAGCACUCCAGUGCUAUUCAAUGAAGCACCUCCACAAGUAUGCCGGAGAAUGUCUUUGUGCAAUAAAACAUCCAGUUUCCACCACAGUCAUAUGCACACGGUAUUAUUUCUGGUUAAUCAUUCGUCAGCUGCUCUUUCAAUUUUCAUUUCAAGUGAAAAUGAAAACUUUGAUUGAACAGUGAAAUUUUUUUUGCAAGCAGACUUUCCAUUCAGAUUGCUGAUUUGAACGGCGUGUAAAGACCAUUUUGCUAGAAAGUGAUCAAUGAGAAUUUUAUCGCAGGUUAACUUGAUUUGCCAUGUUAGAAGAUUCUGUGAAUAAUUGCACACAUGCUUUAUGCCGCUUGCACGUUUACCAUGCAUGAAUUGAGAGGUCAAGUAAAUUAACUUUUUAUUGUUUCUUUUUUGUCUGUUGUUGAGAUCACUUUGUGUGUAUACACUUAAAACAAUUACUCUUGUCAAUCUCGGUGAAUGACAGCCACUAUUCACUUCGAUUUCAAACAAUAAUUCAGUAUUAAACUUCCAUACCAAAACAUUAUGAUCUACGCAUUUUUGAGAAGUCAAAUCCCAACCAGGUUGCAUUAUCAAACUGUAAUUUUUCUGACUUCAAACAUUUUCUUUUAUCUAUUACUGGGGGAUCCUGAAAUACUUAUUCCAUGCAUUCAAUACCUUAAUUAUGUGAAUAUUAUUUCAUCUCUCUGAUUUGAAAUCUUUUUAUGAAAGGGGAGACAUCAUUUAGUAUCAUCUUCAAAGAAGAUGACAUUCAUUUCAUCCACGAAAAAAACUUCAAGUUGAUGUUCAUGACCACACUGUCUCAAGCCAGAUAAUCAAAUCAUUAAAAGAGAGAAGAGCGAUGAAAAUCUAGGUCUAACUGUGUAAAAAAAGGGAAAAAUGUAAAAUUAAAAUAAGCUAUACUUUGGCUUCGCCCUAGCUUUGAAUACUUAUUACAUUGCAAGAAGAAAUGUCAUUAACUUAGUAUCUUCAUUGUUUAUACAUUGUACAAUACUGUGUAGAGCAUUGAAGACUACACAACUUCUUUCAACCAUCUGAAAGACCCCCAAUCUCGUUGUGAAUACCUCAGUCAUUUUGCUAGCUUUGUAACUGGGAAAUUUAAAUCAUGUAAGACAAAAAACCAUGAACAAAUUCAUGAAGCACAACGAAAGGACUGUUCCUACUUGAGGUUUUACUCGGUAAAAAAAAAAAUAGAAA